AGUUUAUCAAAUACUCAAGAAUAUUUUUUCCGUAGUCUAAAAAAUAAAUUACUAAUUUGUUACUGAAUCGCUAGGUUAUAAAUUAAAAAGAGUGUUUUUGUGAUACCUGAAUGACAACAUUGUGACAAACUGUCACGUUUUCACCUAAAUAAACAUAGUGGUUGAAUAAAAUAAAUAAAAUGGUUAAAAAUCAUGAUAAAUUCAGUAUUGAAGAUGCUAAAGCUGUGAUCGAGAGUGGCAAAAACCAAUCGCAUAUAAAUUACUCCUUAUUAAUAUUGGAACAAUGUCUUGACACUUAUACCGUGGAUGAAUUAUUCCUGAGUUUCAAUGGAGGUAAAGAUUGCACAGUUAUACUUCAUUUGACAGCUGCCUUAUUAAAAUUACGUGGUUUGUCGCCGUUAAAGUGUCUUUACGUCACGGAGGAUCCGUUUCCUGAGAUGGAUGAGUUUGUCGACAAAGCUUCUCAAUAUUACGAAAUAAAACUAAUCAGAAAGAAGAAACCAAUAAAAACAGCUGUAGCGAGUCUUUUGGAGGAAGAUAAAAAUUUGAAAGCUACCUUGAUGGGAAUUAGAAAAGACGAUCCAGGUUCGCAGUCCUUGGAGCCGUUUAAAUACACCGACGCAGACUGGCCGAAGAUCAUGAGAGUCAGUCCGAUUCUUGACUGGUCUUACAGCCAAAUUUGGGAGUUUAUUCUGAAGCACCAGGUUCCGUAUUGCUCGCUGUAUGACCAAGGGUACACCAGUCUUGGCAACAAGACAUCUACCAGUCCUAAUCCUCUGUUGCGAGACCCCGAUGAUCCGGCUCGUUACCUUCCGGCGUACAAGCUCAAGGACAGUUCUACUGAAAGAAAUGGAAGACAAUGACGUCUCUAUUUUUAAUUGUUAAAUAAUUAAAUUUAUUUAUUUAUUUGAUCGAAUUUUUAUCGGCAAUUGCUUCAGAGAUCUGAUGUUUACUUAUUUAUCCAAAAUAAAAGUGUAUUUUCUACUUAAUUAGAGAUAAUAAAAGGUUUUAUUGUUCAA